UUACGCAAACGGGUAUCAUUGGUUCACACCGACGCACAAGGCCUGUAGUUUGAAAGCUGCCUGGGCCCUGGCGAGUUGUACCGUUAGCCACAUUGCGAACAAAGUUACAAUAUUUUGAAAUGAAUUCAAGGAAUUGUGGAGCCAGUUUGCCCGAACACGUCCGCUACACUUGGACCACGCCGUGGUAAGAGGGAGCAACAACCAGGCGAGAUACGUGGAAGAAGACGUUGUUUUUUAAUAACAUUGUUAUAUUGCAUCUUGACUGAGUUGCAUUGAACUCAUAGCAAGGGGGAAAGGAAGCUAGCUGGCUAAUAUGCUAGCGGCUAGCUAGCGGCGGCUACCCAGCCAACUCGCGUGCUAGUCACUUCCUUGUUGCACAUUGGAGUGUGAUGGAAGGCGAGAAGAAGUUUGUGAGAAGGAGACUGAGUUUUUUUACUUAAACUUUAACACUAUCUGGUUAAUGGAUUUACAUGCUUGUACGAACUGCAACAUUACAGAAGAACUGGAUUUUAAAUAUAGAGCUGCUUUGGGCCUGUGCUUUGACCAUGAAAUGGAAUGCCACUGUCUAGUUGUACACAGUUAGCUAUUGGAGGCUAGCUGGCUAAACCGACUGCCAUUAGCUAGCACAUUUGGGAGAUUUCCGUCCUGGAAGACAACGGUUGAGUACCGACUGACUCUAUAACUAAACACACUAUUGUGGAUUGUAUGUGGUGGAAUCGACAGGCACCAAGUGUCAUGGAAUAACUAACGUUGGGGGUAACUCACUUUUUCUUGAACCUGAAACGAGCUAUCUUUGUAAUGCUAAUGUUAAGCUUGUGAUUUGGCUAACGCUAGCUAGCUGGCUGGCUGUCUUAAUUGUGAAUUACUAGCCUGUUACAAAAGCUAGCCCAAUGUUUUGUUUCACGACACAACAAGGAACAUAGUUUUUAAGUAAAGUGUAUCAUAUACAAAACAUUCUCGACGUGGGUUUAGGGUAUAUUUGUAGAUAAAUGCCUAAUUCAGAGGUGCUUCGUGAGGGUCGGGGACGGAGCCCCUCUGCUCAGAAAAAUGCUAACAGACAGGACAGGCGUAGUAAACCAGGGAGCGGUGCUGCUCAGCGAGACAAACAACGAGAGAAGAGGCGGUCAUCGGCUUCUAGGAGAAAGAAACGCAGACAGGCCAAGGGAAGAGACUUGUGGCAUACAGGUACAACAGGAGACCCUCGUAAUGACCGAAAAGGCACUUUUGCUAAAGACUCUGAACUUAGGACAUUGGUAGAGUAUGACGACGUGAGCUCCCAGUCAGAGCGAUUUUCUGGGAGCCCUUCUCCUAAACAUGACCCCCAUGCUGGCAGGCGCUCAGUAGACCGACUUAGUGAUGUUGACUUUGGUGAGUAUAAUGGACCAGUAACCCCAGACAGAAGUCACCCGAGAGACCGGGAGGCAGUGUGCAUUAGCAAGGACGAAAAAACAAGAGGACCAUCUGAUAGGAGCAAGCAAGAGAAGGAGCCAGGCAAGAAAAAGGACCGUCAGAGUCGUGAGAGAGACUCCUCAAAAGCUAGGAGUGGAGGUAGCCUUAGUAGCUCUAAAAAUCACAGAGACACUACAAGGAGCAAUGACAGAAAUGGUAAAAGGACAUCCACAUCUCAGUCCUCACAAUCUGCAGAGAAAAAGGAUUCAAAAAGACAAAGUAGUAAAACAAGAUCUGAUAAAGAGCCCCCAUCUGCAUACAGAGAUGCUCCACAAUCUUACAGAGAUGACCGUGAAGACCUCAGGGCAUACAAAAAAAGUCCUGGUUUCAAAUCAGAAAGUCCCUAUCGGACAUCAUAUCAGUAUAGCUACCAGUCUCCUGGUGGUUAUAACCAGCAAAUAUCUAGAAAAAGUCCAACUUAUGGGAGCAAAAGACUCUCUCCCAGUUCUGCGUAUUAUAGCCGGGAUACAGAUGGGUAUGGGGCAUAUGGUGUGCCAAAGUCACCAAGUUCAUACUCCAGCAACAAAAGGAAGCGGUCCCCAGCGAGCCCAGCCAACUGGCGCAGGUCCCCAAGUUAUGGGCGUCACAGUCCAUAUGAACAAGGAGAGUUUGGUACAAGUCCCUAUGGAAACCGCAGGAGAUCACGAAGUCCAUACAGAAAGUCCCUGAGCCCAAGUCCAGAUGUCAGGCGAUCCGCCAGGUCACGUAGCAGAAGUCCAUAUUCAUCCACAAGGCAUUCACGGUCUCGCAGCCGUCACCGCCACUCUCGCUCCCGCAGUCACCCCUCUAGCCUUUCCCCGAGCACGCUCACCUUCAAAACCAGUCUUGCUGCUGAACUCAGUAAGCAGAAAAAGGCUAAAGCUGCAGAAGCAGCUGCCAAGGCCAAGAACACCAGCAACACAUCCACUCCAACCAAGGGUUCCUCAUCUGCUCAUCAACCCAGCCCUAAGUCCAAUCAGGCAUCCAGAAAGGGCCGCCCUCCAUCUCCACCACAACCAGAGAAAGGGCCAAGAACUCCCACAUCGAGCCAGCCCCAUUCCCCCUCUGACAGGUCGUCCAAGAGGAACACUGAGCACCAGACCGGCAGGGACAGAGAUGGAAAGGGGAAAGAUGACUCAGUACAUCAGGACAAAAGGAAAGCACCAGCAUCUGUACAGAGCAAAGACAAGGAACGAGCAACUGUUCCACUCAUCUCUACUCUGUCAUCCCUACCCUUGCCUCAAACAGUUCUUGAGCACAUGGCGAAAGCAGAAAGCUUGAAGGAAAGCUUGCUCUCAGUGAAGAAAAAGUCGGAGAGAAAGGCCCGUCAGCUUCUCACCGACUUGCCUCUCCCCCCUGAACUUCCUGGUGGCACGUCUUUCCCGCACAGCCCACCCGAUGACAAGAAGUCCCAAACACCUCGCCGAAGACCUAAAAUUUGUGGCCCAAGAUACGGUGAGAUUAAAGAAACUGAGAUAGAUUGGGGCAAACGCUGUGUGGACAAGUUUGAGAUCAUUGGAAUCACAGGGGAAGGAACCUACGGUCAGGUGUACAAGGCUAAAGACAAAGACACUGCCGAAAUGGUGGCUUUGAAGAAAGUUCGGCUGGACAAUGAAAAGGAGGGUUUCCCAAUCACGGCCAUCAGAGAGAUUAAGAUUUUGCGGCAACUCAACCACAAGAGCAUCAUAAACAUGAAGGAGAUCGUCACAGACAAGGAAGAUGCUCUGGAUUUCAAGAAUGAUAAAGGUGCUUUCUAUCUCGUAUUUGAGUACAUGGACCAUGACCUGAUGGGUUUGCUCGAGUCUGGUCUGGUCCAUUUCAACGAGAGCCACAUCAAGUCUUUCAUGCGACAGUUGCUGGAGGGUCUUGACUACUGCCACAAGAAGAACUUCCUGCACAGAGACAUUAAAUGCUCCAACAUUCUGCUCAAUAACAAAGGUCAAAUAAAGCUCGCAGAUUUUGGUCUUGCUCGGCUGUAUAACUCUGAAGAGAGUCGUCCAUACACCAAUAAAGUGAUUACACUAUGGUACCGUCCCCCAGAGUUACUUCUGGGAGAAGAGAGGUACACGCCGGCUAUUGAUGUGUGGAGCUGCGGAUGCAUUCUUGGAGAACUUUUCACGAAGAAACCAAUUUUCCAAGCGAAUCAGGAGCUUGCCCAGUUAGAGCUUAUCAGCCGAAUAUGUGGCAGCCCCUGCCCUGCUGUGUGGCCAGAUGUAAUAAAACUCCCCUUCUUCAACACCAUGAAACCAAAGAAACAGUACAGGAGACGGUUGCGAGAGGAGUAUGCCUUCAUCCCUCCGUCUGCCCUGGACCUGUUUGACCACAUGUUAAACUUGGACCCCAGCAAACGCUGCACAGCUGAACAAGCGUUGGGAAGCGAGUUCCUCAAGGACGUGGACCCGGACAAGAUGCCCCCGCCAGAUCUUCCACUGUGGCAGGACUGUCACGAGCUGUGGAGCAAGAAACGUCGGCGACAGAAGCAGGUGCCAGAGGAAGCGGCAGCCCCGAAGGCGCCCCGUAAAGAGCUGGGCCUUGACGACAGCCGCAGUAAUACUCCCCAGGGCUUCCCUGCUCCUGGAGGUAUUAAAGCUCCAAAUGUGGCUGCUUCUGCGCUGCUAGACCCAAAGGGUCCAAGCUCCCAGUUAACUCAGGAGCAGCUAGCGGUCCUCCUGAACUUCCUCAGCCAAUCCAAGAGUUCAAUCAACACCGCGCAGUUUGUGCAGUCCAUGGGCACAAAGGUCAAUCAGGAAACAUUACAGCAGCUCUCCAAAGCCCUAGCUCCCACUGACCCCGCUGAGCCUCCUCCUCAACCUACGCCUGUGAAGCCUCCCCAGCCUGCUGCUCCUGCGGGAGUGCCCCGUACACCCCCAAUGCCUAAGCCUCCUUCACCCCCCAUGUCCGCACCGACUGGUAUCCCAGAAGGUGAGGCCGCAUCUGCCACGCAGACGGCCAUGACGAUGCUGCUGGCCCAGCUCCUCCAGGCUCAGCAGGCCCAGCAGGCCCAGCAGGCCCAGAGGCAGGAACCGAGUGAUGGGGGAGAAAGGGCGGAGAGUGGUAACCCCGCAGGAGCAGCACCGGGGGGGAAGCCUCUACCUCCAGAUGUCAAACAGCCUCCAGAGCCCAGCCCAGUCUCUCCAGUGUCUGAAGUAGGUGGCGUGUCCAUCCUGCCCCCAGACCAGAGGCCACCUGAGCCUCCAGAGCCGCCUCCACAUGCUGACCUGGACUACCGGCAGCCUCCACCUGAACCCAAGACUGGCCACGCUCCACCUAUUGCAUCUGCAGGUGGAGGUGAUGGAGGGAGACCCCCAGAGCCAGACUACCCACCUCUCCCUACUGCAGAGGGGCCUGGAUAUGGCGGAGACUACAUCCAUCCACCUCCUCCCUUCACUCCUGCAGGGUUUGGGGAUGGUUACAUGGGUCACAUGUUAGGCGGAGGCCUACCCCCUCACGCUCUGAGAGAAGUGUUUAGCGGACCUGGCCAGGCUUCUAGCUCCUUGUCUGCUGUAGGCGUUCUGGCCCCGGCCCACCCCGACCCCUUCCCUCCAGGCGCUGGGGCCACUGGACCCAGCAGCAUGGUGUUCACUGGGGACAAGGACCACCGUUUUAAUUACAAUCACAACCCUUUACCCAUGGAGGGACAGCCUAGUGCUAUCCACCUGUACAACCACGCCAUGGCUAGAAAGGAUGGUGUACCUCCUCCCCCACCCAUCCCAGGACAACCCUGGGGCUCCCCUUCCCAAGUGGGGGCCCCGCCACUACCCCUUGGCUUUCUCCCACAUGUGAACUCAACAGCAACAAUCAGAGGACGAGGCCUGCCUUUCUGAAAGACUGGAAAUAGCAAAUGGCAGUGACAAUGGACAAAAGGCUAGAGGACUCAAUUUUGAGCCUAAAGCCUCUCAGGCCAGACCAGAGGGAUCUGGAGAUGCACACUCAGUUUGUAAUAACUUAAAUCUGUGUAAGGCAUUGUAUUCCUUCAGUCUGGAAUGUAGAGUACGUUGCAGCAGGACAGCCGAAUAACACCGGAGGAGCUUUUCUUGCUCGUACCAUUUUUCCUAUUUUUUUUUUUUUGUAAUCUAUUCUGCUGUCUUUUAAAUUAAACUUUUACCCUUUUUUUUUUUUGAGUGUACAUUUAUCAGGCCUGGGUACAUUUUAAACCUUAGCCUUUCUGUAACUGCUCCAGAGCAGAGUAGUAUUGAUGUUUUGCACUACUGACUAAAGUAGGUGGAAACUAUUUUAGCUAUGAAAGGAAAUGGAUGGUGUGCUUUAUCUGCACAAUUAGGAAUAUGACCAGUAAUGUAGUGUCCUCCUUUUUAUGACUGCCAUGGUUUGUCGAAACAAUGACGGCUCAGUUGAUUGGGUCGAUGGCGUAGCAGGGAGCUAUUUGAGAACAGACUGGUAGAACUUGGACGACAGCAGCAGCUGAUCUGACUUCAUGGAAAAAGGCUCUUUUCACUUUAAAUUCCACAUGCCUUUUUGCCAAUAGGUGUUGUAAAAUCAUGAGCAAAACAAAAAAAAAAAAACACAAGUAACCCAAGUUCAAAAACAAUGUCUUCUUUUUGUACUAAAAUGAUUUUGUCCCCCUCCCUCCUCCUUUGGCAAAUGUUUAUUAAAGAAAUGCCAACAACGCA